AUGUAAAAUAAUAUUAGCAAUAAGCAAACAAACAAUAUAGAAGAAUCCGAAUUAGCAAAAUAAAUCAAAUAAAAUUUAUAAUAAAUCCAUUUAGAUGUACAAAAUUUAAAGAACAUAAAGUAAUUAUAAUAAUUUAGUAAUUCUUCAAUAAAUUCAAAAAAAUCAUCUUUUAGUGAUUUAACUUAAAAAAGUUAAAAAUUGAUAAAUUAAUAAACAAAUUCUAUUAAAAUUUAAAAUAAUAGUUUUUAAUCAUCUAUAUAUUAAUCGUAAAACCAAAUAUAAGAUUAAUAUAUUUAAUUUAAUAAUGAAAAAAGCUAAUCACCUAUAAUAAAUUAAUAAAAAAAUUAAUUAAGCAAUUUAUAAUCACAUUUGUAAUUUUCGAAAUAUCCUUUAUUAUUAAGAUAUCAAUAAAGUGAAUAAAAUUAGUAAAAAAGUAAAAAAUAAAGAGUUUAUUAAAAAACAAAAAAUAAAAAAACUAAUUUUAAAAAUAAAUAAAAAAAAUCUUUUUAUAAUCUUCAAAAUCUUGUAAAAAUAGGAAUUUCAAAAAAUGAAUAAUUCAAAAGCAUUUAAGAACAAAGAAAAUAAAAUAUUGAUAAUAGCACAAAUUAUAAGGAUAGUUAAAUUAUUAAUGAAAACUUUUCUCAAUUAUAUAUAGAACCUUUUCAUAUUUAAAAAUCACAUUUUUCAGUUUAAUUUAUAAUAGGAAAGGGUGGAUUUGGAAAAGUAUGGAAAGUAGAAUAAAGGAAAACCAGAAAAGUAUAUGCAAUGAAAGAAAUGUCUAAGUCUUUAAUAAUAAGUAAAAAAUCUGUAAAUUCAGUUCUAAAUGAAAGAGAAUUGCUAUGUAAAUUAAAACACCCUUUUAUUGUUAAUGUGCAUUAUUCAUUCUAAGACAGAGAUAAUCUUUAUUUAAUAAUGGAUUUUAUGGAAGGUGGAGAUCUUCGUUAUCAUAUAGGCAGAUAAAGAAAAUUUACAGAAGAAUAAACAAAAUUUUUUAUUACAAAUAUUUUUUUCGGAUUGGAAUAUUUGCAUAAAAAUAAUAUCAUACACAGGGAUAUAAAACCAGAAAAUCUAGUUCUAGACAGUUAAGGUUAUGUGAAAAUAACAGACUUUGGAGUUGCUAGAGUAUGGCAUCCUGAUAAUUAAAAAGACACAUCAGGGACGCCUGGAUAUAUGGCACCAGAAGUAAUGUGCAGGCAUCCUCAUACUUUUGCAGUAGACUAUUUUGCUUUGGGUAUUAUUGCAUUUGAGUUUAUGUUAGGAAGAAGACCUUACGUUGGAAGGACAAGAUAGGAGAUAAAAGACCAUAUUUUAGCAAAAAAAGUUAGAAUUAAAGAAUAUGAAGUGCCUUAAGGAUGGUCUAUAGAUGCAGCUGAUUUCAUAAAUAAGUUAAUUGAAAGAAAACCUGCUUUAAGAUUAGGAAUUAAUGGACCAGAUGAAGUUAAAAAUCAUCCUUGGCUUAAAAAUUAUCCUUGGAAAAAAGUAUAUUUGAAAUAACUAAUAUCUCCUUUUUAGCCUGUAAAAAAUUAGAAAAUUAUAAUUAUUUAUUUAGUAUUUUAUAUAUAGAAAUUUUAAGAUAACUUUGAUAUUAAAUAAAUUAUAUCUUAUGAAGAUGAAUUAUAAGAAUAAUAAUUAAUUUAAUAAAAUGCGAUUCUUUUGAAAAAAUAAGAAGUUUAAAGUUAUAUAUUUUAGCAUUUAUUUCUUCUUGUUUUAUUAUAUUUGUUUUUUAUAAAUAAAAUAUUUUUUUUAUUUUUUAUAGAUCUUUUUAAAGGAUAUAAUUUAGAUAACACAGUAUAAAAUAAUUAAGAAAAUUUAUAAUCAGACCUUUCUUAUCAAAAUAAAUAAAUAAAUGAAAAUUAUAAAUUAAACUUUUUAGAAACUUAUAAAUAAAAAAUAGCUAAAUUCGCAUGA